AUGCUCUCGAUGAGCUGCUACAUUAAGAGCUGCUACACUAAGAGCUGCUACAUUAAGAGCUGCUACACUAAGAGCUGCUACUUUAAGAGCUGCUAUACUAAGAUCUGCUACAUUAAGAGCUGCUACUUUAAGAGCUGCUACAUUAAGAGCUGCUACUUUAAGAGCGGCUACACUAAGAGCUGCUACAUUAAGAGCUGCUACAUUAAGAGCUGCUACAUUAAGAGCUGCUAUACUAAGAGCUGCUACAUUAAGAGCUGCUACACUAAGAGCUGCUACUUUAAGAGCUGCUACAUUAAGAGCUGCUACAUUAAGAGCUGCUAUAUUAAGAGCUGCUAUACUAAGAGCUGCUACAUUAAGAGCUGCUACACUAAGAGCUGCUACUUUAAGAGCUGCUACAUUAAGAGCUGCUAUACUAAGAACUGCUACACUAAGAGCUGCUACACUAAGAGCUGCUAUACUAAGAGCUGCUACAUUAAGAGCUGCUACAUUAAGAGCUGCUAUACUAAGAGCUGCUACAUUAAGAGCUGCUAUACUAAGAGCUGCUACAUUAAGAGCUGCUAUACUAAGAGCUGCUACAUUAAGAGCUGCUACUUUAAGAGCUGCUACUUUAAGAGCUGCUACACUAAGAGCUGCUACUUUAAGAGCUGCUAUUUUAAGAGCUGCUACUUUAAGAGCUGCUACACUAAGAGCUGCUACUUUAAGAGCUGCUAUUUUAAGAGCUGCUACUUUAAGAGCUGCUACAUUAAGAGCUGCUACAUUAAGAGCUGCUACAUUAAGAGCUGCUACAUUUAG